UGGCUGGUUUACAACGCAAAUUGUAACAUAAUGAUAGCAACAUAUAUAAUGAAGCAAUUAAAUUCUAUUAUCAAGUUGUACGUCUUCUAGAUAUCAACAUCUGCACUACCAUAUAACUGAGUGAAUAAAAUGGGUUACAGAUGGUUGGAUAUGACUUUAUGAAGAUGACAAAUAGUUUGGAAAAUUUUAUAUGCAUAUUUUGUACCACCAAAGCUCAGCCAUGUUAAUAAUGAACAUUUACAAGGUAGCCAGUUUCCUUCAUCUCAGGGCCUUUUUUACAGGCAUGUCACAAAUAUAUUUUAGCUACUACUUAGUUAUCAUGGGCAACAGGGAAGAACACAGGGAUGUGAACGUUUCCCAAUUUUGUUGCAUUUCUUAAGAUCUUUACCUGCCUCUUCUGCUCAUUUUUUAUUUAUAACAGGUUGUGAAACUUUGUUUCCUGCCCCAAAAUUCAAAUUUGAGCACUUUGUGCAUCUUAAUUUACAAAUUUUACCUAAUGUACAUAUUCAUACGCACAUUUUACCUAAUUUAUACAUUCCACUCAUUGAAUAUGUUGUAGUCCCCCCCAGUGGUAUACUUUUUAACCUUUUGUAUUUAAAAUGUACACAUAAACGGAAACCCUGUUGCUUAGCAUAGUAAGUCACAAUACAGCAAGUCCAUUGUACUGUAUAGUGGGAAGCUUGGUGAGUCUGUUCUCAAAGUCAAUUGUUUCAAAUGGGCUUACUCUAACUAUGCCUUACUUUAGUACAGUAAGUUGCAGUUAGAGUAGGCCCUUUUGAAUCAACUGAACAUAUGUAGGACUUGAUAAAAAAAUGUCCACUGAUUCAGUGACCCUACCCUACUGAAACUUAAGUGAGCUAUAAGAGGAUCUCAGGUUACUCGUAUGGGAAAGGAAAGAAUGAACUUCCAUGCAAGAGAAAUCACUUAUGGAAGGCUGGACAGACGCUUUGCUCCUCCGGAUCCUCUCCUAAAUGGCAAGGAGAGUCAACUCAUCCCGUCCCCACAAUCUUCACAGACUCCCUCAAAAAUAAAAGCAGCCACUCUCCCCUGAACCGCCCAGCCUCUGGGUACUGGAGCGUUUCCCGCCGCUCCUCCCCGUCUGCCACCGACCCCGGGAAAGGGGUUGGGUAACGAGGACCAGCCCCACUUUAAGAGCCCUUUGCUUUGCCCAAGACCGUGCGCUUUUCGCCCCCGUGUUGUCUCCAUCCUCUUCCUGUUUAGCGCCGUUCCCGCUUCUGCCGCCGCCGCCGCCUCGAUCUCCCCACUGGACUCGGCAAACUGGGCCCUGCAGGAAAAGGCCUCGGCCUCUCUCGCAGCGCCUCCCUCAGCCUCGGGAGGCAGCCCGAGACGCAGAUACACUGUUCAAGGAAUCAAAGUCAAGAUGAAUAACCAAGGACAAGUUGACAUGCUUUGCUGCUGGAAAUGUCGAAAAUAUAUAGCUAACACUGAUUGCCCCAUAACAGACCAGACUACAGAUUUAUGUGAAGGUAAGUGGACAACUGGAAAACUGAACUGCCCGUUCUGUGGGGCCCAUCUUGGUGGCUUCAACUUUGUUAAUAACAGAAAAAGCUCUUGUGGCCAGUUUACAAAUAUCCAUCUCUGCAAGAGGCAAACUGACUACCAGGCAACUAGUUCAGUUUUAUCACCAAUAUCACAGCUAAAGUACUUGUCGCUGUGCAGAGUUCAUUCUGAUUUUAACAAGGAAAGACAGCAGAGUGUGACAGGUGAGACUUUGGAACCUAGAAAUCAAAGACAUUUAUACACGGCCAAAAAUAACGAUGGCUUUGGAAGAUUAAUGGAGGCACUGUGCCUAGAGGUGAGAUCAACCAACUUUGAGAUGAAUAGUGGAAAAUUACACUUUAAAGUGUCUAACCCAAAAACAAGUCUUUCAGCUUCGUUGGUUGUGAAUGACAGAUACAUUGUAAAAGCUUUUCACAGAAAAUCGCAGAGUUUGGACUUCAACUUCAGAGAGAGGUUUGUCUUGCUGCCUACUUUAUAUAGAGCUUCGACAAUCAAGAGACCUGUUUUCUCCCGGCAACAUGAAAUGCAGCCUUAUAAUACAAAGACUCGCUUACAAUUAAACCCCAGCAACACAGAGAAUUAUUUUCACUGCCCACUUAAAUCAGAUGCUGGUGGGCUUCCAAAGACUUUUUCAGUUACUUCCUGCAGGGUAUUAGCACAAGACAAGGUUGAAUUUAAUCCUGGCUUAGCAGCUUCCGAAAACUGUCUCGAGAGUGCCACUGCUGACCAGCAGCUAUUCCUAUUUUCACCAGAGGGGACUGCAGAAGAAUCUAAUUUACACCAGCACAGCACGCCUCUUGGUCUUCAUCAUUCCAUGGCAACUGUUGAUCAAAAGCUGAGCAAGAGAAAAAGAAAACAGUUGAACAGUUUGAGGAAAAAACAAAGGUGGCAGGAGCAGUGGCUGCAAAAGCAGACUAUGAAUACAGAAGAGGAACACGAAUACAGACAAGAUAAAGAAAGCUACCUCUGUGCAGUGUGCCUUGAUGUUUACUUUAAUCCUUACAUGUGCUAUCCUUGCCACCAUAUCUUCUGUGAACCUUGCCUACGCACACUCGCUAAAGAUAACCCAACCAGCACUCCGUGUCCUCUGUGCCGUACUGCAAUUGUUCAAGUUUUUUUCCAAUCAGAACUGGACAGUUCAACAAAAUCUCAUUUUCCUAUGGAAUAUUCAAACCUGAAGGAAAACUUUCAAGAAUCAGGUUUAGCAAAGUGGCCUCUUCCCAGCUGCAACAAAGCGUUCAGAGUUAUUGAAGCAGGUUUUCAGAGCACAGAUUCCUUACCACGAAGGCAUUUCCCACAUGCUGCUUACAGAAUGGAUUAUAUGGACUUUGAGGAUGAUAGCCGGGGCUGGCGAUUUGACAUGGACAUGGUGAUAAUCUAUAUUUAUUCCAUCAAUUGGGUCAUAGGUUUCAUUAUGUUUUGUUUUCUGUGCUAUUUUUUCUUUCCUUUUUAAGAACUUGUAAUCCCUACAGUUUAAUUCAAUCAUCAGGCAAUGGAACAAACUGUUCAGCCAACAGGCAACAGAACAGACAUAUCCUGAUGUAUAAUGCAGAUUAUAUGUGAAGUUUGUGAAAAAAAUUGACAUGGCAUAGAAGGGUUAAUUCAGUGUCAGUUUUUCUAAUUGUUUCAUUUUUUCUGUUGUGUUUUGAAGUGGAAGAAUAUUUGUAUAUAGCAAAAAAUAUGUCAAAUCACCUAACAUAAUACAUAUUAAAAUGGCACUUGACUUCC